AUGUUAUCCGAUGGAACAGUUAAAAUAUUUCCUCGACUAAAUACAAUAAUAAAUAUUGAUGAUCAAAUUAUUGUUAUCGCUGAAGAUGAUGGUAAAAUUAUAUUAUCAUCCGAUUAUUUAUUACGUAUUAAUAAUGAACAUUCAGGAUUAGUAUUAUCUUCAUUAAUCAAUCAUAAUACAAUUUUAUUAUCAAACUCUAUGACUAGAGGAACAACAAAAAGAGUUGAGCGAAAUCUUGUACUCGGAUGGAAUAAUAAAGCUCCAUUAAUUGCUAAAGAAUUGGAUAGUUAUGUUGCUCGUGGUAGUGAACUACAUGUAUUAACAAAUUCUGAUAGAAUAACACAAUUUAUAAAUGAACAAUUAGUUAAUGAAUUAACAGAACAAAAAAUAUUUGUAUAUUCCGGAAGUUUGACAAAUAGAUUUGAUUUAGAAAAAUUAAAUUUAUUUUCUUAUGAUUAUGUUAUAUUAUUAGCAAAUGAAGAAAGUGAACAACAAAAUUUAAUUGAAGAAGCUGAUGCUGAAUGUUUAAUUUGUUUAUUACAUCUA